CCGGAGGAGGGACCCGGAAGCAGAAGCGGAGCCGCGAGUCGAGCCGAGCCGCUGCCCCCGCUGCCCGCCGGCGCCGGGUGGGGGUCCCGGCGGCUGGAUGGGCGGCGGCGGCUUCGGCCGCGGGCGGCGAUGGGCGAGGAGCAGAGCACGGUGAGCGGCAGCGGCGGGCCCCUGGAGGCGCGGACCCCCCCUGGCGGCGCCACGGGCCACCCCGAGCCCCCGAGGCCGCCGGGGGACAGCACCGGGGCGCCCGGGCCGCGCGCCUCCUCCGCCGAGCCGAGCGGCGGCAGCUGCGGAAGCGACUCGGGCUGCGCGCACACGAGCGUCCCGGAGCCCGCGAGGAGCCGGGGGGCCCCGAGCUGGAAGAAGAACCAGGCACCGGCGCAGCCCGCAGGACUGGCCUACACCGGGCCCCUCAACCCCCAGGCUUUGCAACAGCAGCUGGCAAGGGAGGAGGAGGAAGCGGGGGACCGAAAGGAGAGAGGGGAUGAACAGCAGGAGGCGCCCCCCGGCGAGCAGCCGGAGCCCCGGACCUGCGUCGGGGCCCCAGACGGACUGGUCCUGGACGUGCUGGGCCAGCGGCGCCCGCCCCCCGCCAAGAGACAAGUCUUCUGCUCUGUGUUCUGUGUGGAGAACGACCUGCCCGAGGCCCCCUCGGCGGAGCGGCUCUCGCUGCCCGCGUCGCCACCCCGGGCUCCGCCGGUGACCAACCCUCCCAGCACCCCCUCCUCCUUCCCCAGCCCCCGGCUGUCGCUCCCAGCGGACCCCCUGUCCCCCGACGGCGGCAGCAUCGAGCUGGAGUUCUACCUGGCGCCCGAGCCGUUCUCCGUGCCCAGCCUGCUGGGAGCUCCACCCUACUCUGGCCUGGGUGGGGUCGGGGAUCCCUAUGCGCCCCUCAUGGUGCUGAUGUGCCGGGUGUGCCUGGAAGACAAGCCCAUCAAGCCCUUGCCCUGCUGCAAGAAGGCCGUGUGCGAGGAGUGCCUCAAAGUCUACCUGAGCUCCCAGGUACAACUUGGCCAAGUGGAAAUCAAAUGCCCUAUCACAGAAUGUUUUGAAUUCUUGGAAGAAACAACGGUUAUCUAUAACUUAACGCAUGAAGACUCCAUCAAAUACAAGUACUUCUUGGAACUUGGCCGUAUUGAUUCCAGCACCAAGCCAUGUCCUCAGUGCAAGCACUUUACAACCUUCAAGAAAAAAGGACAUAUUCCCACCCCUUCCAGAUCAGAAAGCAAAUACAAAAUCCAGUGCCCCACUUGCCAAUUCGUCUGGUGUUUUAAGUGCCACUCUCCUUGGCAUGAAGGUGUUAACUGCAAGGAGUACAAAAAAGGAGACAAAUUAUUGCGUCACUGGGCCAGCGAAAUUGAGCAUGGGCAGAGGAAUGCCCAGAAGUGUCCAAAGUGCAAGAUCCAUAUCCAGAGAACGGAAGGGUGUGACCAUAUGACCUGUUCACAAUGUAACACUAAUUUUUGUUAUCGAUGUGGGGAGAGAUACCGCCAGCUCCGUUUCUUUGGAGACCACACAUCAAACCUCAGUAUAUUUGGAUGCAAAUACCGCUACCUCCCAGAGAGACCUCAUCUAAGGAGACUAGUGCGAGGGUCAGUCUGUGGUUUAUUUGUAUUUCCUAUCUAUUGCCUUUGUAAAAAACAGAGAAAACGAUCACGGACAGGAAUGCACUGGUAAAUGCAGGUGAUUUCAUCUGACUACGCUGGUCCGGGUAGGAGCUACACAGAAUUAUACACCUGUCUGAGGGUCACUUCUUGAAAACUGCCAGGAGGACCCUUUUGCCAUCUCUUCUCCCGUGUUCUCUGCAGGCCACAAUGCCUCUAGCUCCGGUGCAUUCCCAACAUGGUAUCCUGUCCUUUCCUUAUACAGAUUGCUGCUUUUACAAAAUGGUCACUUUCAUAGACUAUAAACAUCUAUAUCAUAACUCUGAUCUUCUUAAUGGUUCUUGGAAGAAAGUAUUUUAAUUAGAACCAGUUAUCCUCAGAACUGUCUGAGCAUGCAUCUCCUGAGCAUUGCUUGGACUGUCUUUGUACCUGAAUCUCCCUCCAUGCCCUCUUCUGAGACUUGGUGUGAAUAACUGAAGGUCCCACCUGUACCAACAAGCAAGGCCACUUUUCAGAAGAUGAAGGCUCACCAUAUGCACCAAUUUUCAUCCGUGACCCAAGCAGUACAAUUCCUUCAUCCUUCAGAUGCUAUAAUUGUUAAAAAUCUCAACGCCCAAAAGGGAACUAAUGAAACUAAACUAAUGAGAAGAAUCAUAGUUACUGAAGUGUAUACGUGUAGGGGUGUGAAUGUGUGUGUAUAUACAUAUCUGUAUUAAAACUAGGUCCAAUACCUUGUACUUGUCAAGUUCUAUGCCUACACUAUUUUUCCACAUUUUCAUAGACAUAUUUAAAAAUGAUUGUUCCUUUGUGGGCAUAAUUUGGUAAUGUACUGAAUUAAAGUCAACGUACACAACAGGCUAUUUUGAUGUUGACCCUUUCUAUUUCUUGCUCUCUUUCUCUCUCUCUCUCUGUCCCACACACACACACACACAGAAAUUUGUGCAGUGUCACCUCAAGGAUUAUCAAACUUUAUAAACUGAUAAAACUAAUAGGCUGCUUCUAGGAAAUUCUCAAGACCUAAACGUUCUGUCUUCUUUUUCAGAUUUCUUAUAUGUUGGCAUACUUGCUUCACUCUAUAAUUAAUUUAAAUAAGUGUGCUGUAGAGAGAACUGCUGAGGCCUUUAAACAUAUCCCUAUUCUGCUAAUUUUUAACCAACUUGUGAUUAUAAUAAUUAUGCUUUAUGUUAAACAUAUGAUAUUGUUUAAAACCCCACCCUCUCACCUCUCCUUUCCCUCUCUCUCUUUUACUUCUCAAGUUUUUCAUAAAAACAAAUACUGCUUUUGAAAGAUUUUUCUUAUGUUUAUUGCUCAAAUGCAUAAUAAUGUGUUGGUAUCUUCUUAUGGAGGGGUGAUUUAAAACAAAACUUUUUGUGUUCAUGGGUUUAUCUAAAAUAUAAACUGCUUUUGGAGAAGGAAACAAAAAAAAAUGAAAAAAAUAUUUUCAGGAUGUUUUACCAAGCUGAGAAAUCUUUAAAAAUAAGAAAAGGACAAGUAACUAAACUGUGUUUUUUUUUUUGUUUUCAUCACGAAUGUUCAUCAGCAGAAGGGAAUUAAAGACCUCUAAGAAGCUUAAAGUUUCCACUUGUCUCCAGAUCCUUAACAUUAGCUAUUGGCGUAGAUGUAGCAUUUAUUUUUCAACAACCUUUUCUGAAUUGAAAUAGAUUAUGUGAUAAAACAUGCAUUAACAUGGAUAGUUUGUCUUGUUGGGCUCCAGAGUAUAAGAACAUUUAUCAUUUUUAUUUGAUCUGGAAAGUCCGUAAUAGUGAAGUUUGCUUUCAUGGAUAACAAGCCAGCACUUCCAUUCUUUCUGAGUAACGCUCAGAAAAGCUAUACUGCUGGACUAGUCUAUUUCCAGUUAGAGGAGGGUGUGCCAUUUAUGGCCUGGAAUAGCAUAUUUCUAAAGCAUAACAUGAUACAAGAAGAAUCUAGUUUCACAAAUUCAUCUUUCCAUUCAUCCAACCAUCUGUCCAUCCAACAAAUAUUUAUUGAGUGCCUAUUCUACUUGCUCUAGUAUUAAAACUGAGAGAAUGGGAAUUUCUAGCCCUAAAUCCUUGUAAUUCUGUUAUAAAAGUGCUUAAUUUUUGUAAAUUGGACUUUCCUAGACUUGGGUGUUAGUUUGACGAUGUGUGAAUAUGAUGAAUUCUAAAUCUAGUGGAUCUGUUUAUGUAUGAUAUGUGUAUGUAUAUAUACUUAGACAUAUACAUAGCUGUAUAUGAAUACAUAUAUACCAUCUAGCUAAAUAAUAUACUCUCUGGUCCUGGAUAAUCUAUUUUCUUAGGUUAUUGUAUCUGUUGUCUUUGGCCUACUCAGGGAUUUUUAUUCCUUUCUUUGAAUAAUUUAUCUUUUGGAGAUAUUUUUAUAUUAUUUGGAAAUGUUCCAAUUUUCCACUUACAGAGCGGCGUUUGUUAUCAGUGAAGGCUCUUUCAUCAGCACUCGCAAUAGUGUGCACAGUACUGCACAGGAUUUUCAUUUUUCUAUUGCAUAGAUUUAAAAAAAUUAACAUAUGCAUUUUUUGCUUUCAAAGUUGGUAUAUAUCAGGCCUUUCCCUGCUAGUGACUUAAAGUAGUUAUUUGUGAAUUUUUUUGCUAAGUAUCAUUAAGAUCUUAAAAAGGGAGAAGAAAAAUAAAAGAUUAUUUAUAUGUUAGUGCUAACUUGAAGGUAAAACAAUCGCACCUUUUGGGGUAAAUUCUAAAAACGACUUUAACAAAAGCAGCAUGCAUGUAAGAUGAAUAUCUUUUUAUCCAAGGCUUGUCAUUUUUUAAUAUGUUUUCAUUGUAAAUUUAAUAUAUGCUCCUUUUAAAAAAAUCAAACUAUAUUGAAUUAUAAAAUACAACUUCCUCUGCUUUUCCCCACCCCUUAUUUUCUAGGGGUAACCACUGUUAAUAGUUUGGUAUGUGUCUUUCCAGAUACUAUCUAUAAAUAUACAAAUAAGUAUGCGUGUGUGUGUGUGUAUCUGUGUGUGUAUUCAUUUUGUAUAAAUAGAAUAAUAUGCUUACUGUCCUGUGACUAUUUUUCAUUUUACUAUGAAUUGGUAGACAUCUUUCCAUAAGAGUUUAAAUAGAUUUACCUCAUUCUUUUGUAAAUUACUACAUAUUCCAUUGUGGGGCUAUACUUUAUUUAAUCAGUCUCCUAUUGAGUGAACAUCAAGAUUGUUUUCACUUCCCUAUUACAAAGCAUUAGUGAAGAUCCUUUACAUAUAGUUUUGUCACUGUGUGAACAUUUUCAUAAGUUUUUAAAUUCGGUUUUUAUAUUAGUAAUAAAAUUUUAAUGCAUUUUCAAUGAAUGAGAUCAUAGAGAUAAUAUAUUUAAGGCCCUUUUCUUGGAGAAAGACUUGUGUAAAAGUGCAUAAUUUUUAAAGAAAAGCAUCUUUUGCAGGAUAAUGUCCCCCCCCCAUGCUUGAUUAGCCAAAUAAAUAUCUUGCCAACACUUACAAAAGAAAAUUCAUCUUAUUCCAAUAAAAAUAAAAUGCAAUGAGAUGUCUAUAAGAUAAUGUGAGAAAGAUGCAUUGAUGUUUGGAUUGCCUAGUUUUAAAACUUGAGGGAUUUAAAUGAAAUAGCCAAAGUGAUCAUGUUUGUCACGUUUUUUAAAACACUAUGCAUGUUCAUGCAUGUUGCUCCACAAGGAACUUAAUUAUGCCAUUGUGAAAAGUAGGAAGCAACAUGUUGGUAAUUAUGAAUGACCACAUUCUCCAUAGAAAAAUAAUUUUGACUGUAUGUGAGGUUUGGUGGUUUGUUGGGAUGCUCAUAAACUUGGAAUAACGUGAAACCUUUAUUUUACAAUGAAUCCCAGCAUUUCCCUAAGAACUUCUGUAUGUGAAGUUAAGAAAAGAGGGGUCAAACCUUUUGGCACAAACAACAUUGUGUUGCCACCACCUUGAUUUUCUGAUAAGUGCUAUUGUAUCCUAAAGGUAGAACAGACUGGAAAACAAUCAAAGAUAAAUUAAACACUGGUCGGGUUACAACCUGGUAUCUUUAAUUGUACUUUCCUUGCUGUGAUAUCAGGAUUCAGUGGUGCCUGUCAGGAAAUUCCCUGUCUUGUGUCACCCACCAUCUCUUGAGUCCCAAGGCCACAGGUAGUCUUUAUCUUUCAAUCCUAUCACCCAAAUACAUGGCCCAUGGAUCCCCUAAAGGACCUUCAAAAUACUCUUCCAGUCCCAAAACAAUCCAACCUCAUUUUUCUACACUCCUUUGAGAUUCUAACCAGCUCCUCUACACUAGAAAAGAGGAGGAGAGAAAGGAGUGGGUUAAAAACUCACUCAGGCACGUGCACAGCGCUAGCAUUCCUUCCAGACCUUUGUCAAAUUGAGUACACGUGCCACCAAAUGGAUCUGGUUUCUCUCUUGUUAAACAUUGCAGUUGUUCUUAACACUAGACUUUUAUGAGCUCUAUUAAAUUCAGAAUCAUAAAAAGUUAGUGGCCUAAAUAAUAUCCAUUGGUAUACUUCAUUAAGUACCAAAAUAAAAAUUCAUGGCAAAUGCCAUUUUAUAUUUGAAUUUUAUAUGCAGGCUGCAUAUAUGCCUUAAUGUGAGUCUUCCCAUUGGAUUGUAUGCUUAACCUUUCAUAUUUGUGGCUGAAAUCUAUCCCAACUAUUGAAAGUAAUCUUUCCUGUGGUCAACUUUAUUGCUUUGUGUUAAUGCUUAGUAUAAAUAUAGCCUUAAGAUCCAAUAAUGCACUUUAAAAUACUUGUGCCAUUUAAGCAAUUUGACAGAGUUGAAGAAACUAAUUGCAAUAUUUUGAUGGAGACAGUAGAAUAACAGUAUUAGCACAUAUAUGUCACCUCUUUAAAUUUGGCAGGGGGGCAGGGAGGGGGCGGGUGGAAUCAGAAGCUGAAAAUUUAAAACAAGUAAAACAUACCUGGAAAAGAUGUAGCCAAGUUUCUGAAAUUAUAGUAAUCCUAGAAAUUGGUAUUAGGAGCUCAAACGUAGCAAGUAAUUAAUACAUGUUACCUAAUAACCUAGUUGGAAUGUUUGUUUAAAAUAUUAAGUUAGUUUCUACUGAAAGUUUUAGCUGCAUUAUUAUUUUUCAUGAAAUCUAUAAAAGAAAUUCCACUGAUUAGUAACAUAGUAAAUCAAAACUACCAUCAACAGCCAGUUUAAGCAUAUUUUGUUUUUCAAAUCAUUGUGUUUUAAUUAUGACAUUUUCCUCCUCUGGAAAAUAAGUUGCAAGUCCCAUUUUAAUAUGAAUAUCUAUAAUUAUUACUUUAAUAAAACUGAAAUAAUUUUAUAGAGGCAUUAAACUAUGGUCUGAACAAAAUCAGAGUUCCAAAUUUGGGGAGUAUUCCAGAUUGUGAAAUGCUACCUUUUCAAUGCAAACCUCUUUAUAAGAGAAAGGCACUCCUUCGUAACUCUGGUUUAGAGGGUAGAACUAAUACUCAUUUCAUAGCCAACUGUUGUGUGGGGCUUUUAUUGUACAUCACUGUUCUGAGGCUGGACUGUAGUCACUUUAUCAAAAUCCAAGAAGCAGAGAGUCACAGAAGUGUGAGACUUGUAAUUGUCUAUUUGGGGCAUUAGCUGAAGUCUUCAUAUAUCACAUACCUUACAUUUUCUCAUACGUAGUGCCAAUUGUAGCAGCAUGUAAUUAUGCAUAUUAUAAACUAUAUUCUUUUUUGACUAAAGAAGUGACUAUUUUGAGAAUAACAAUAUGGACUUAAAAGGCAAUAAAUUUAAAAGAAAACAUAAAAAAUUACUACUGCCUUUUAUUUUGGCCACUGCCUUUUAGCUUAUAAAAGAAAUUUCAUUAGGUGUAUUUACUUACUGCAUUACUUAGAUUACACAGACUUAUUAGCAUAGAAAAAUUUUUUUUGUUUUUCAGGUCUAUCCCACAUUUUUGUCACACUGUUCCAUCGUAUUAAAUGACUUUCUUCCCUGUUAUCAAGUGAUACUCACAUACUUCAACAUCAAGUUUCUGUUUUCUUUUUAGAUUUCCUAGUUAUCUUGCUUUUUCCCUCUGCAGUCCCCUUCCCAUCUUGACGAAGUAUGGGAUAAACUCUGUCACCAUUAACUUUUUUGACUCUAAUGAAAUUCAAACUGAAAGGACUCCAGAAUUUGGCCCUGGUAGUAAACAUAAUAUACCUUGGCUUCUUUUAUCUGUAAGUUAAAACAUCUCAGGAAUACUUGGAACAUGUCCCUCUUCCUGAUAGGAGUUGGAGAACCCUGCCCAGCCCUCUGACAAGAAGUAAAAUGAAUGAGACGUUAUUUGAAUCAGAGAGCCUCGAAAUAGUCUGAAACCAAGCUUCAGAAAUUGUUUCAUGAUUAUUAUAAGGUCAAUAUUGUUUGCCUAUUAGUUGGACAGAAAGCACGUGUGGACAUUCAUCCAGUCUGACCCCAGAUCAUCCUUGAUUCAUCCAAAAUGACCAAAUGUGUGGUUUGGGGGUCUUUGUUUCAGCAAAAAGUACCACAGCUUGGACUUAGGGCUGGAUUCAUAAUAUUGUCGCAUUUGUACUUGACUGUGGAUUCUUAAUUCUGGGAAUGUUAUUAGACUUCCUGAUAAUCUAAAGUGGAUGGUAUUGCAUGUAACUAAUAUCAGCCCUAUUCUAGAGAAACCACGCAUCAUUUGCAAACGUUCAACUUUUUCAUUGAUAUGAUUUAGAUAUAAGCCACACUCAAGAUAUAUUUAGCAUAGGUUUAUUACAUGAUAUGAAAAAAUUCAAGGGAUAGUCAAACUUGGGUGUUAAGAAUCCCCUCAAAUUGCUGAGAUGAUGUUACUUCGGAUUUUUCCUUGUAGCUGGCAAACUACAUCGGUCAUCAGUUCCCUGUAAAGUUAGGUGUUCACCUCAUGCCCCAGCUGGAGAAAUCAUGUCAAUAAUCCAGUCAAGUUCUUAAAAAUAAUAUUUUUUCAUUAAUAUAUUACUUCCUCUAUGUCCAAAUAUAACUUUAUUGUUUCCCUUGAGUAAAUACUGUCUAAAUAUUUGAUACAAAUAUCUGAAUUUUUUUCAGUUUAAACAAAAUUAGCAUGCUUUAUGUUCCUUUAUAAAGAAAAUUCUAGAUAAAGUAUGACUUUAUCAGCUGAUUACAAACCCUUUCUCUAAGACCUAUUUUUUUUUUAACAUCUUUAUUGGAGUAUAAUU